CAAAGAUAGUGGUUGCUUGAUUGGAGGACAGUCAUGCAUGAUAGGUUGUGCCUCCCUCUGUGAACCCAAGCAGGAUUUAUAUCAAGUGUUUGCCAACACCCCUUGUUAGGGGAUAGGCGGGACCUCCUAACUCUAUGACAGGAAAGGAAGAGAAGAGCAAAGCAGUCUGAGAGUAAAUCUUGUGUCCUUGAAAACAACUAGAAGAUGGACCAUUUCCAGUCCAGGUGGGCAUUUUCUCCAGAAGAAGACACAGGUUAUUAAAUGAAGAUUUUGGUGCCAGCUUCCACAGCACCAGAAGGUGCAAACGCAGGCUGCUGGGGAAGUAAAGUCGUUGAUGGCAUUGCUAAGUGGUGAACUAUGAACGCUGCACUACCAACCUGACAGCAGGAGGAAGAGGUAGAACUGAACCUGGCCCUGUGGGACAAGGCACCAUGGCUACUGGCUAUCUUUAUCUUCUGAUGGAGAGGGAACAUCUGUGAGCAGCUGGCUACAGUGCAGCCAGCUAGGAGAUUGCUUGGCUGUAGUCCAGCAUGCAGAAGUGAAUGUGGAGUGAAAAGCAGCAGAUCCGAUGGGUUGCGAGGAUGUAAGAGCGUUUGAAGGCUUCCACACACUCUCCUCCAGGACAGAAUCAUGAAUAAACGGGAGGAUAAGCAGGACCAGAUGAUACCAUGAAGAGAAGUUUACAGGCCCUCUAUUGCCAACUGUUAAGCUUUCUCCUGACCUUGGCCCUGACCAAAGCACUGGUACUCGCUGUCCAGGAACCAUCUCCCAGGGAAUCUCUGCAGACUCUUCCCUCAGGCAGCCCCCCCGCCACCAUGGUGACAGCAACUCACAGCUCUACCAGACUCUCCUCUGUGGUGACACUGGACCCCACGCCUGAUGGACCCUCCUCACAGGCUGUAGCUACUAUGGAAACAACAGUAUCUCAUCCAGAAGGGCAACCUCCUACAGACACCAUGACUACUGUUGUGACAGCUGCCAUCCCCCAUCCUGAAAGCCCUCUGCCCACAGGUUCCCCUCCAGCUGCCAUGGCAACCACAUCCUCCCACUCAGAGGGCCGUCCCCCGGGGGAUGCUGCCCCUACCAUCCUGCCAACAAAGCCAGCAGGAGCCACCAGCCGCCCCACAAUGCCCCCACGGUCCACCACUCGUAGGCUCCCUAGGCCCCCAGGCUCUUCCAGGAAGGGGGCUGGUGGUUCCUCUCGCCCCCUCCUCCCUGUAUCCAGUGGCCACUCAGCAAGGAAGGAAGGUCAGAGGGGACGAAAUCAGAGCUCAACACACCUGGGGCAGAAGCGCCCUCUGGGGAAAAUCUUCCAGAUCUACAAGGGUAACUUUACAGGAUCUGUGGAGCCAGACCCCUCUGCUCUUACCCCCAGGACCACACUCUCGGGCUACUCCUCUUCGGCACAGCCUCAGACAGUGUCUCCAACCACACCACUCAGCAGCACCUCAUGGGUGCCCCCCACAACCUCCCUGCUACCUGCAAAGGACAAGCCAGGCCUUAGAGCCAACCAGGGCAGUGGCCCCACAUUUACCAGUGCAGCAGGGGAGCCGGAAGCCACAGCAGCCUCAGGUGCUCCUGCCAGUACCCAGCCUGCCCCAGUGCCUUCUCAGCGCCCUCAUGGUGACGUGCAGGACAGCCCUAGCCACAGUGACUCUUGGCUUGCUGUCACCCCUGACACUGACAGACCCCCGUCUGCCAGUUCCGGGGCCUUCACGGCUGCCACGGGGCCUACCCAGGCUGCCUUUGAUGCCAGUGUCUCAGUCCCUUCCCAGGGCAUCCCUCAGGGAACAUCGGCAACCCCUCAGGCCCCAACCUGGCCCUCUGGGGUCUCAGAAAGCACUGUUUCUUCAGCCGAGGAGAAGGCUGAGGCCUCCCCCACAACCACCGACAGGGGGCCUAGAGCUCUUUCCACAGUGCUGUCCACAGCCACAGGAAACUUCCUCAACCGCCUGGUCCCUGCUGGGACCUGGAAGCCUGGGACAGUGGGCAACAUCUCCCAUGUGGCUGAAGGGGACAAGCCCCAGCACAGAGCCACCAUCUGCUUGAGCAAGAUGGAUAUUGUCUGGGUCAUCCUGGCCAUCAGUGUGCCCAUCUCUUCCUGCUCCGUCCUGUUGACAGUGUGCUGCAUGAGGAGGAAGAAGAAGACGGCCAACCCCGAGAACAACCUGAGCUACUGGAACAAUGCCAUCACCAUGGACUACUUCAACAGGCAUGCAGUGGAGCUGCCAAGGGAGAUCCAGUCCCUGGAGACCUCAGAGGACCAGCUCUCAGAGCCCCGCUCCCCAGCCAAUGGCGACUAUCGAGACACUGGGAUGGUCCUUGUGAACCCCUUCUGCCAGGAAACACUGUUCGUGGGAAACGAUCAGGUGUCUGAGAUCUAGAUGCAGCAGCCUCCGCGUUGCCACUCCCUAUUUUUGUCUCUAAAUUAUAAAUAUACAAAUAUAUAUAUUAUAAAUAUAACCUUUGUGUAACCCUGACUUAAUAAGAAACAUUUUCAGCUUUUUUUCUUAAGAAUUGUCAACAUCUUUUUUACAAGUGUGGUUUAAAAAAAUUUACAGAAUGACCCAUGGCUUUAUAAAAUAAAGGUAUUUCUAAGCAAAGCAGUUGCAUUGAUUGCUUCUCUGACUGUUCUGGGCAUGUAGGGGUCCCAGGAGCCCUGGGCAGGCGAGGAAAGGGACCAGUCUCCCAUGGAAGCUGAAUGUCAUGAUGGCCAAGGGAGUGGUCCUUUGUCUGCUCCUGAAGCUAUGGUUCCUUUGUGCGCAUUUCCUGUCUCCUUGUACACUAGAGGAGGUAACUGGUGCCCCGAGGCAGAAGACACGGGCAAGUGUGCGAAACGGAAGGGAACUUGCCACCACUGAAUGUCAAGUUUAAUGGCUCUAUGGACAUCAAGGCAUCACAGGGCUCCACCCCCUUGUAUCACCCCACAGGGUGUUUCCACCAUGCUAGAACAAACAGGGCUGCCUUUGUCUGGCAGAGAAGUGCUCCCUAAAAACACUUCCCUGCAUCUCUUUCCAGUGCACCCCACCCCCACCCCAGGCCUCCCUUCCUGGGAGGACAGAUGUAGUAGAUUCCGGCCUUGGGACUGUACCAUACACUUGCCUGUCCAUGUUCAAAGGGCCAAUCUAGUGUUUAUUAGGAUUCUGUAUUGCUUUCUCAGAAGGCAAUGAUAUUGUGCCCCCCUGAGAAACAGGUCUAUCUAGAAAGCCUUGUGGUAUAGAAGUAUUUUUUUAACCUUCCCCAUUAAAUCUUUAAAGAAAAAAAAUUGCCAAAUGAAUCACUCGUGAGAGAAGUGCCAUUCUGUCUUCGGGCAGAAGCGCUGCAGACCUGCCCAUGAACGCCAUCAGCUUUCACUGUUCCCACCUCCCCUCUCUCGCUCCCCCAGUCCAGGUCCAGCUGCAUUCCCAGCCCACACUGUAGGGACCUCUGGGGGCACCCAGCCCCCACUGUAGGGACCUCUGGGGACACCCAGCCCCCACUGUAGGGACCUCUGGGGGCAGUUGCUUUCUCUGUUCCUCUCCUAACCCACCCACCUUGGCUAGGAAAUUUAACUUCUUCGACCCCCUCCCUUAAAAAGAAAAAUAGUUUGAUAGUAUAUUUUGAAUAUAGAUGUUCUUAUUGUCAGAUCGGGACUUGAACUUGACUGUUGAUUUCAAUGUCUGUGUUGUUGCUGUGGUCCUCUUACCACGACUUCCUCUCCUGCUCCAUUCUCCUUUCAAAAAGGAAGGCGGCCUUCAAAGCUAACACGUGUUCUCAAUGUUGUGUGGCCCUACUUAACAUGAGUCUGCUUGUCUCUUUUCAAAGACUUCAACCCACAAAAGCAGCAGGUUAAAUGUUGUGCCGAGACUCGCUCGCUCACAUGUUGCUGUCUGACCUUAACCUUAUCCUAAUAUUUCUGUUAGCUAUUGCAUUGAAUAUGCCAAUGUGUGUGAGUAUGUAUAGAGAAAACUUGUUUGUAAAGUACAAUUUAUAUAUAAUAUAUGUCAAAGAUACAUAUGUUAUAUAUACAUUUGUGGAUGUAUGACUUAUUUUUCCGUAUCCACAGAAUUCAGCUACCAUGUAUAUAUAAAUAAACUUAUUUUAUUACCCAGA